CGGCUCCGAAUUUAAAGGACCGUAUUAAAGAUUUGGAAAACUGUGGAGCCCAAUAGAAUUUAGUUUGACGGAUUCACGCCAUGUAAAACACACCAGAGAAUGGGGAACUACGGGCUGUUGAUACUUGUGUUACUUGCCAUACUGGGAAAAUAUAAUGUAGAGGCUAACUCUUUUGAACCACAACUAGUGGAAAAUGGACAAAACGUGCUUAAAGUGAAGCAAGAAGAUUACGUUUACGGUUGGUGGGGUUACAAUUACUAUCACUACUACAACAGCUACUACAACACCGGAAUCUACUGCUAUCGCUACGGAUAUUAUUACAGCUAUGGUAGAUACCAUAAUAAAAGAUGGAGAUGCACAAGAAUUACGUAUAAAUAUAAGUGUAUGUUAGGCUACAGAUCACACGGACUAAACCACUGUCCUUAUGCAAUUUGUGCCGGACAAACAAAUCCCACUGGAGCAUGUAACCAACAUGAACAAGUGUCCACGAAAUUCGGAAUGCAAUGGAAAUAUUCCCAAGGGUCCUGCAUAUCUCCAGAGAACUGUCACAACUGCAGCAUUUAUUACUACAAUAAUGGUCCAAGGUGUACAGCUUGUCCAAAAAUUGCUCAUUGUCUGGAAAUGCAUUGUUUUGAUACCGCUGCGUCCACAAUUUGUGCCAACUGUGAAGGGGUUGUCAGGGACGCACCGUACUACAGAGCUUACGUUAGAAGUGAUGAUAAAAAGCAGUGUUUACAAGCUUGCUCUUGGCGAAGUGACAGCACUAGGUGUUACCCUGGAUACUGUGACGGGGAGCUGGCGGCAAAUUGCAGAUGUGUGCAGGGAUUUACUGGAAAACACUGUGAAAUAAUGACAGAGCAUGCAAACAUCGUAUCGAAUUGGUUCAAUUUGAGGCACAAACAUUACGUCCUAAAUAACCCAUCGGGUACUGUAGACGCAGGACCACACCCCAUCAUCUGGUCAAACUAUGGAGGUUGGGAUCUGGCGGAAACAGUUUGGAAUGCCCAAUAUGUAAUCAAAGAGAGACUACACACUAAUUCAUCUCAUUAUAUCAAGGAAUUUGUUUAUGGAAUCAUCAAGGCAGGGACAGUUUUGAAUUUCACACAAAAUGUAAUGGUGCCAGUCAUCACCUAUUUCAAUACUACAGAUUUAGCAAAUGAGACCAUGAAUUCAAAUUUGACAUUUGGAGCAGACAACACUUCUAUUGGUGUAAAUAAUACAUCGUCCAUGGACUUCAAUGUCACUUGGGUACCUAAAACUAUUGAAAUUAUUGAAAAGUAUCACUGCCCCAAAGUUUCUAAGUUAAAACCUGCAACAUCGUCAUUUGAAUGCAGAAAGAAUUUUUCAUUGGAGUCAGGAUCAGAACCUUUAAAUUUUAGUACUGGGGAUACAAUGACAUUCACUAUAGAAGCUGAUAUAGGUGGGUUUCUUAUUAUGGAACACCGGGAAAACCAUGUAAAUGAAACACACAAUUUGAUAGGCACCACAAAGACAUUGGAGUACGUUUUCCGAUGGGACUUUGUUCUCCCUUAUCACUGUGUAGAAAAAGAAACGAAUACCGAAAACUGUGUGGACCCGCUAACUGUUCAAGACCUAACAGAACAAUCUACUAUAAGCAUAACCUGGGGUGAUUGGUUUGACGACUUAGCAGGACUUCAGGAAUACAAAUAUCAGAUACAUGCAGUCUCAAACCGAAACAACAUUCUCAAAGAAGAUGGUCCUCUAAAAGAUGGAGGUGAAGGAACAAUACACCUCAACGAAACAUUUAAAGAGCUAAACCUUCCUGGAACAGGGUUAUACUCUAUUCACCUGACGGCCUAUGAUAAGGCGGGCAAUUACAAAAGUACAAGGCGGUUUGUGUUGUUUGAUAGUAAUUCGCACGUGUCACACAAUCCAUACGAACACUCGCGUGUAGACACUGGCUCAGAAAACACAAAUUACACGUGGGUGGUGGACAAUACAACAACUAUUGAAGUAACUUGGAAAAAGAGAUUUCGAAAUGCUUUACAUGACCAUAAUAAAUGGUUGAAUGAAAUCUCGGAAAGUCACGGAAUUGCUGAAGCCUAUGACGAUUACACAGGCAUAAGGAAUGUGACACACAUUAAGAAUGUAUAUGGAUGUGUUGACUUUAGAGUAGAAUAUUUUGUAUACGAUGGAACUGGUGUAAAGGAUCAUCAGCCUUCUACCCCAGUACAGGACAUCUCCACAGAAUCUGAAUUCCUCAGAUUGAAUUGGUGGGACGGGGAUAAAGCAGUAAUAACGGUUAUUGCCGUUGAUAUCUUUAGUAAAACAUUAAACGACACACUGACAGUUUACAGAGACGCAUCGCCACCAGUGAUAGAGAACCUUUGGUUAACACGAGGAGAGAGACUCAAUAUCAGCGUACACAGAUUGGAGGAUUUUACAGAAAUGACGAUUGAAUGGGUGGCAUAUGAUUAUCACAGUGGUAUAGACAGUAUCUACUGGAGGUUGUAUGAUAAUUUCACUGGAGAAAGCAUUUUGCAUGGACAUGAGGAUCUGUUUGCUCAAGGCUCAUCUCAAGAUAUAAAUGAAUGUAAACUUAAAUACGGAAACUACAGCAGAGGACCAAACUGUUACCAAACAAACCACUGGGGAGCGUUUCACAGACAUUAUCAAAUAAAACCGGAAGUAAAGAGAGACGGGGGACUCGUUCAUGGGAAAGAUGUCGGAUUACAUGACUCUGAUUAUUUCUUAAAAGUUAAUGCAACAAACAAAGCUCUUUUAUCGACCAUUCUGACAAAGAAGAUAACAAUUGAUAUUUCACCUCCACAUACCGGAACUGUACAAGACGGCAUUAGAGGAACUGACGAGAUAGACUUCCAACAGAGCAAGACGCUGAACGCUUACUGGGAUGGCUUUUUUGACAAAGAAAGCGGUGUUAUGUUUUACAUGUAUGGUUUUGAUACCAAGCCCAUUCCCUCAUCCGAAUUCCAAUUAGAUUCGAUCAGCUCUAUCGUAAAAGAAACUUACUCGCUCGAAGCCUCCCAUACAGUUACCUCAGAGGGGACGUAUUACGCCUGCGUGGUCGCCUAUAACCGUGCUCUUGAGCCCUCUGACCCAGUUUGUUCUGACGGUGUCACUGUCACCACAGAUGUUCCUUAUGUGACUGAGGUAGACAUAAGUAAUGCCCAUGUAAGAGAGGGAUUGGUCACAGACGUGGGGAGAACAAACUACUGGGUCAUCAGUACAAACAGGCGCAGACGAUUAAUUCAUAACCCAACAACAGAUUGUGUGAAUAAGGCUGUAUCUGUGUCCAACGUUGAAAUGUUCCCAAUAGAAUAUCACGCAAAUAGAUCUACUGUUAGAGUUAAUGGGUCGUUAGUAUGUGCCAACACAUCAGCAACAUCCUUAGUAACUAGUCCAAUGAUUUCCAAAUCAUCAAAUAUAAAAUUAUCCUGGUCUUCAAAUGAAACGUUAAUCCACGAUUAUGAAGUUGGAUUAUCUACACUUUCGGGAAGUACUGCUCCAGAUAUCAUGACCUUCCGAUCUUCCAAACAACACUGCCAUAUUAAUCUGAUGCACACGGAUCUUCCAGAAGGAAAACCUUUCUAUUUCAUCAUUAAAACAAUCAGCAAAUCAAACAUCAUAGGCAUUCAGUCAAUUGGACCUUGUUUUAUUGACACGACUCCACCAACAUUUUUUCCAUCGAUUUCUGUCAGCCAUGACAAUGGUCACUUAGUAGUAUCCUGGAAUGUUGGGAGUUUUAACGACCCAGACGAUCCAUUCCCUCUUCAUUUAAAAGUUGCUGUUGGUCAUAGUCCUAGAGGUACCCAGGUUCUGAAGUACUCCCCUUUGAAGGCCGGUGCCAGCUGUAGUAUAACAGAGCCACCAACAUGUACAACCAUUCCUAUAUCUGACACAGAGUGGGGACUGCACGGAAAUCAUACAUACUACGUCACUGUGAAGGCAGAAAAUGCUGCAGGACUGAUAUCUUAUGGUGUGUCCGAUCCUUACAUUCAUAACGUUCAGCUUCCCUCAACUGGAAUUGUCAUGGAUGUACCUAGCAGCACUGGAAGUUUUUUCAUCGACAUAGCAGACAUUGAUUUUACAUCUACAAAUCACAGCUUAUCUGCUAGAUGGACAGGUUUCUAUCAUGCAUAUAUUGAUGUGACUUAUCGUUUUCGUGCUGGAACAUCACCUGGAGCCUCUGAUACAGUUCCAGAUAAGGAUGUUGGAACAAACGAAUCUUACACGGAGAAUGGACUCUCUUUAAUUGCUUUCAAGACCUAUUACGUCACAAUUAUUGCGGAGUCGGCUGCUGGAUCUGUGAACGUCACAUCAGAUGGAGUCACUGUUGUCCAAGAAAACGCCAUCUUGAAUAAUGUCACAGUCUACGAUGGAGAACCUUGUGUUGAAGCAGAUAUGAAUAUUUCUGCAAGAUUUGACCAUCAUGAUUGGAAUAUUCAAAGGAAUUGCACGACUGAUGUUGACUUCCAGACAUCGACGGAUACUCUAAGUGCAUAUUGGGAGAUCCCAGUCGAGUUAUUGCCAUUCACACCCGACGUGUAUUUUUCAGUAGAAAAGAAAUCAUUUUAUGGUGACGAUUGGAGUUUAUUCCAAGACUACAGAUACAACCACGGUCACCAUCAGGCUCAUGUUACGGGGCUUCUGUUAGAUCCCGGGAGACUCUAUCGGUUUGUUGUAAAGCUUUGUGCACGGGAAACGUGCUAUCAGCCAGUCCACAGCAACGGGGUCCUAGUUCUAGCAAACCCACCUGUCACGAAUACAAUACAUGUGAAUCAUGAUAAUACUACAACUUCCGAAAAACUGCAAGUGGUAUUAGAUAUGUUUGCUGAUCCUGACUUACAAAUUCCAGAAGAAAAAUACGGGGUCGUUGACAAAUACGAAUGGGCCAUAACUGACCAAUCAGAGAUUGGAAGACUGCAUACUCGCUGGCACAGACUCGAUGAUUAUGACGUCAUACCCCAUAAAUACCAAAUGGAAUUUAUCAUCUCGUUAGAUGGGUCAUUCGAUUUUUCAAAAUGCCGAAAAUUGACAGUUCGUGGCUAUAACAAAGCUGGACUCUAUUCGACUGUAUCUUCAGAGAUAAAGAGCUGUAGCGCAUUUGAUCCAGUACUUAUUAAACCAAACAUUGUAAUAGAUGCUGUGGGGACUCCAGACCCAAGUAGAGACGGAUAUGGAGAAGCAAUCUUACUGCAAACAAACGCAAGAUGGCCACAUCCAGAUAAAGACUAUACUCCUAACAUGAACUAUAUAUCAGCUGUAUGGCCCACUCUACGCUACAAUUCCUACACUGUAGCAGUUAUCAUAGCACGAAAUAUGGAUGCCACGUCUUAUUAUCUCCCAUCGACCACCUUAUCCCUCUCAGAUCCUUGUAGUCACCCAGAUGCUGUCAAAUGUGACACUACAGAGCAUGAAUUCAUAAACGUGAAAUUUAAGGAAGGUGAACUUCAACAUGGACAUCGUUACAUUGUUUGCAUUCAUACGGAAUAUACAGAAAUACAACAUGAAAAAUGGACACAGGUUUUACCUGAGAUAAACUCAUGCAGUGAUGGCAUUGUUGUGGAUCUAACUCCACCGACCGCAGGAAAUGUUUGGAUUGGAACUCAAGGACAACGCUAUCAGAUAUCUACAACAGGCAUGUUCAUUAGUUGGGGCUCAUUUGAAGACGUCGAAGAAUUUCAAACAAUAUCACAUUCAUCUGGCAUACAGAACUACAUGUUGGGGAUAGGUACCUCCGUUGGUGGAAAUGAUGUAGUGGCUUUUUUGGACGUUGGUGUUGUCAAUCAUAAAGCUAUCCAUGGCCUAACACUCCACGGUGGUCACACGUACUAUGCAACUGUUAAAGCCACUGAUUUUUCCAAUAGAACUACAGUCCAAACUUCAGGGUCUGUUACAGUUGACACGAGCCCACCAAUUAAAUUUGACAAGCCAAUCACUCUCCCAGGACGUCACAUCACAUCCACAGCAGAGAUUGAGGCAUGUUGGAAGGAUGUGUUCAGAGACCCUGAAAGUGGAAUUGACUUCUUCAUGUGGUCUAUCGGUUCGCAACCAGGACACUCUGACAUCAUGGAGUUCACUAAAGAAAGUUCUGAAUGUGGAAUCAAUAACAAAAAUCAAAGGCUUGACAUAAAAGAAGGUCAUGCUUAUUAUAUAACUGUAAAGGCAUACAACAAGGCUCGUUUGAUGACAAUUGCAACAUCCUGGGCGUACAUCGUGGAUUUCUCACCGCCAAUACAAGGGCAAGUUUUCGAUGUUUUGCCUUCUGGAGACGGAAGCACUGAUAUAGAUUAUCAAACGGAUAUGUCCAGGAUAAGAGUGGUUUGGAGUGGAUUUCAUGAUCCCCAUUCUGUGAUCAAGGAGUAUUUUGUGAGAAUUGGCACCUGCCCGUUCUGUGACGACGUGCUCCGACAGCAGGAUAUUGGCCUUGUAAACGAAAUAGAAGUUGAUUAUGUACAUAUCGGUCCUGGCUUAACUUACUUCACGACUGUGUCAGCAUGUAAUACGGCUGAUAUGUGUACUAGUGCUAUCUCAGAUGGUGUGAUAUUCGACAACAGUCCUCCUAAUGUUGGUUUGGUCAUUGAUGGGACUUCCUCCGAAGACGUAGAAUACCAAUCAAUAAGAAAUUGGAUUGGUGCAAAAUGGUACGGAUUUUCUGAUCCCCAAUCUGGAAUAUCUCAUUAUAUUUGGUGGGCCGGUACCACCCCUGGUGGAAAUGAUAUAUUACAAGAAAAAGAAGUGCAUUUAGUUGAGACUGCAACUGCAUACAAUUUUUCUCAACAACUACCAGAAUCAAAGCGAAUCUAUGUGACCGUUAGAGCCUACAAUAAAGCGGGAUUGUAUAGUGAUGCAAUAUCUAGUGGAUUUCUUGUGGAUACGACACCUCCCUUAAUAAGCAGUGGUCCAAAGUUUACCAGAGACUUUGGAUUGGUUGCAGAUACCCAAUUUUAUAGGUCAUCAGUAAAAGUUGAGUGGAAAGUCGCAGAUCCAGAAACGCACAUUGAGAGACAAUACCUAUCUCUGAAAUCGCAUCAUGGAGGUGACUUUCAACAUUCUUCAACACAGAUAAAUGGUAUCGCAAGAGAUUAUAUUCUGAAUGAUCUGACGCUUCAUGACGGGGUCAGGUAUUAUGUUACCCUUGUAUCCUGCAAUGGCGCUCAGAUCUGUUCCUCUUCUACCUCAACUGGUGUUUUAGUAGAUAGCACUCCUCCAAGCAGAGGUACAUUUGCAAUACAGACAGACCAUUCAGUAGAUAAAGAACUAGAACGCCAUGUCUCAGGGUUUAUGACAUGGUGGAAGUAUGCUGUGAACAUAGCUUGGUUAGGGUUUGCGGAUGCCCAUUGCGACAUCAUGAAUUAUUUUGUUAAUAUUGGAUCUGCUUAUAUGGGAGCGGAUCUUAAUGCUGAGGAAGGCAUCCCUAAAACGAUAAACCAUUCGAACAACGGAAAAGAUUGCUACGACGAGGGUAAAGUUCAAACGUAUAGGAUUCCGACUCAGAAGCUUGUGGGCUAUGAUUAUUUGUAUAUCAGCGUUUGGGCAGUAAACCAGGUAGGACUGUCAAGUGCGAUUAUUCAUUCGAAGUUUAAGAAAUUACCCCAGGGAAUAUUGUCGUUAGUGAGGCGUUGUGAUUCUGAAGAUUGUGAAGGACAAUGUGUGUGUAGCCCUCAAGACAAAGUGUGUCAUAAUAAUGGUUCCACAUGUAAUGACGUCACAAUAGGGAAUCCUAACAAUUUGCUUCAAGUGUCGGACGUAAUGUUUGGCUCACCAGAUAUACACUAUUCACCCAGUAAUACCGUUCUCCAGGGUCGUUGGACCAUAGUUCACAGACAAGGCAGCAAACCAUAUAUGUAUCAAUGGAGUGUUGGCUUAACAGCUCAUGAUGUUCCAGUAGGGAUAUUUGAUCCGGAACAUGAUCGUGUCUGGCAUGAUGCUGGGCAACUUAACUUUGUCGUUUUUACCACAACACCAGGACAAGACCUGGAAGAGACAGUUUCUUUUUCUGUAUUUGUGAAAGCAUGGUACAAUAGAAAUACUUACGCCGUAUUUAAAUCAAGUGGUGUAAUCGUCGACACCAAGAAACCUGCCGUUCAGGACAUUCUUGGAAGUUCUAUUUCUGAAAGGAUGAUCAUAAGUACAAUGAAAGACGAUGACUACACACGAGAAGGCAUUUCUAUGAUGGUGAAUUGGACGAAUAAAUUUUCAAAGGAUAAGACGACCAUAAAAUCGUAUCGUGUUUACAUAAGUACCAGCCCAGAGGGUCAUGAUGUGUGGGACAGUGGUGAAGACUUGCCAAACACAGAAACAACGUAUCUGGUUCGAAGUGUAUCACUUGUACCCGGAGUCCGAUACUUUGUGAAUGUGAUCGCCUAUGGUUUCUCAGGAAUCCAUCACACCGAGUCGUCAGACGGAUUUGUCAUAGACAAUACGAGACCAAAGGCUGGAGUAGUGUUUGAUGGAAUAGGAUUACAUGAUAGGGAGUAUCAAAAUUCCUCUAAAAUAGUUGGUGCUCAUUGGCAUGGGUUUUUAGACAUGGAAUCCGGAGUAAAAAACUACUUUUGGUGUGUGGGUAACACGUCAUCUAAAUCAGAGUGCAGCAUACGAAACUGGGAAAAUGUUGGUAUCCAUACCUCUGUUUCAAGGAUGCUCUCACAGACGCUUGUUAAUGGACAAACAUGCUACAAUAAAGUUUAUGCCGUAGAUAACGUUGGAUACAAGUCUGACAUCGUUUUGUCUGAUGGCGUUAAGGUUGAUGUUACUCCACCUGAACCUGAAUACUUGUUUCAUAUUGACAACAACUUGCUGAAAAACCCUUCAUUUGAAUUACAUCAAAGUUCCUUACCAAUAAACGACACUAGUCUUUAUGAUAUCUGCAGUUUAACUCCCGAUUUUUUUCCUGAUCACUGGUCAUUAACAUCCGGAAGUUGUGUAACAGCUGUGUCAUCAAUGAUGAAUUUGGCUAGAGAUGGAAGAUCAUUUCUUUUCAUUAGAGGGAGUGUGAAACAGGAAAUUAAAGGAAUAAAACUUGGAGGACUUUAUCGAGUUUACUUCUACUCUAGUCAUCCCCCCGUGAUGGCUGCAUUCGUCUCUAAUAAAGAGGGAUUUAUUUCAGUUUCAGAAUCAAAACACGUGUUUCUUCUGUAUUCAAAAGCGUAUAGACACGAUGAACACAAAUUAUCUUACACUCGAGAAAUUGUUUCCUGGCAGAAGCAUACUUUUUAUUUCAAAGCAACACAGGAAAACAUGAUUUUAGAAAUUGGUAGUGCUGAUUCAAAGACCGGACUUUUUCUAGACUACUUAUCUUUGCAAAACGUUGAGAGGAUUCGUAACAAUAGUGCUGAGUCUCAGGUAUCCGCCCAUGUCGUGUAUAUUCACCAGUGGGGUUCCAUACACGGAGCCUGGAGUUUCUUUGAAGACAACAGCCCAAUAACAGAGUACAACUGGGCCAUAGGAUAUACGGAAGGUGGGACACAAAUACAACAAUUUACUAGCACGGGAGUUCAGAAUUUUGGAUACAAUUACAACGUCACAUUGAUUCACAACACAUUAGUCCACGUGACAGUAAUCGCGUCAAAUGCUGCAGAGCUGGUAGGAAUAUCUUAUUCCAAACCUGUUCUUGUUGACCUGACACCGCCUGAAAUUGUUUAUGUCUAUGAUGGAAGAUUAUCAACUACAGAUGAAAAUGCUUGGACAGACAACGAAGUUGUAAUGAACUUUAUGGUGAAAGAUGAAGAAUCAGGCAUCGACUAUUGCGAAUGGGCAAUAGGUUAUCAACCACAAGGUAUCGACUUACAAACGUUUUAUAGAUUGGGUGCCGGAGAAUAUUUAGCGUCCAAAGACUUCGACUACAGUGUACUGGAAAGUAAAACAAUAUAUUCCACAGUCAGAUGCCAUAACCGUGCGGGGUUGUUUUCUUCCAAAUCAUCUGAUGGAGUGAAAAUUUCAGUUCUACCGCCAUCUAUAACAAAUGCAAAAGUAACUGCUAUUCCGUUGUCUAUCACCGAAUACAAGGCUGGAUUUCAUUAUCAAAGUAAUGUUAACAAUGUUAGAAUACAGUGGUUCGGAUUUGAAGACUAUACGGGAAUUGAACAAUUCAAGAUUUCAUUUCAUGGCCACAGAUCAACGUUUAAAGAAAAAAUGACGUUUCCAGUUGUACAAGAUAUCCAAUCUGUAGACAUCGUGAACAUGAAUAUGCCAGAGGGACUAAAGAAUAUCACAAUUCAGGCAAUUAGUAAACUUUUACUGGCCAGUGAUAAAGUCAUCUACAACUUGACAGCUGUUCAUUCAAAACCGACGAAAAAAGGUAGCACUUUGGUUCAUUCUUGGCAUACCGGAAACGAAGAGUUUACAGUGUCCUGGGAAGAUGUAUUUAUCUCUCAAUACCCAUUGUUUUAUGAAGUUACUGUCGGAACUGUUGAAGGUGGAAGUGAUAUUCUACAAUGGCAGGAAACAAAAUUGACGUCUGUAAAGUUCAGAUUACCGCCUACAAUAAAGAAAAGCUCAGUAGUGUCCCUACAUGUCAAUGUUAGGGCUAUAAGUGCUGGGGGAACUUUCGAAGACAUUAAGUUUGUAAUAAUCCAUUGAUAAUGUACAAAAACGUUGUUUUUGAAAGUAUGAAUAAGAAUGAAACUUACUCAAAUAAGAUUUUUAGAGACGAUAAAAAACAAACAUACUAUAUACUUAUAUUUGCUCAAAUACUUAAAAGAACAUAAAAAAGCUAUACAUGAUGUAAUGAAUGCACUAUCAAAAUAUGAUUAUAUAAAAUAAAACUUGCUCUAUAUUAACUCUAUUGAUACGCAAUACUUUUAAUAUAGUAAAAGAGGUUUUAAAAUUUUAUAACUUAUUAUGGAUAAGCAGAGACAUCAAAACGUUUACGAAUAUUCCGUCCUUUAUAAAAUACAUAUAAAAUACAUGUUUAUUAUAUUGAAAUUUAAGCUAUGUUUUUGCAAGGGUAAGAAAACAUGACAGAGAGCGGGGCUUGCCAAGCCCUCUUUACGCUUUGGAUCCGAGCCCAAAUAUCACUUAAAUUUCAAGACAGUAUUCAUGUAUUUUGUGAAUCCUUUUUAUAAUAAUCAUAUAGGGAUUGUAUUAUAUUGAUAAGAAUGCUUUGAAAUUCAAAAACUUUUUUUUAACUUAUCCAUUGGUAUUAUUGAAUGCACCACGCGUAUGACCAGUAUUGCUGUUUCAAAUUUACAAGUAAUUUACAAUCCUGAAAAUUAUAGAUACUUAAAACAUAGUCUUUUCAUUACGAAUUACAUGUAUCUAUAUAUCUUGUUUAACUAAACACAAAGUGUACAAAAGACAUCAUUUAAAUCCUAAAAUGUAAUGCUUUUGUAUGUUGAGAGUUCCGGUAAUGCAGAUAAAAUGAAUCACGUUUUUGAAUACGUUAUCCUAUUUGAAACCACACAAAGACAUAUUUUUUAAAUAAAAGUAUGCACACGA